ACAUGUCAACAUUUCAGUCCGGGUGAUCGGUAAAAAAAGCAAAAUUUUCAGUAAAAUUCAGUCAAAGUGGCACAGCUUAAAGGUGCAAGGUAUCAAACAUGGUUUGUGAAGAGCUUAAAAGAUGGUCAACGAUCAUUUAUAAAAGGCCUAGACGUCAAAGGCGCUAUAAGUAUAUUCAAGGACCGUCAAAGUUCUAUGGAUAUAAGGGUAAAACCAAACAGAAUCACGCAAAUAGAGAAACUAUUAAAAGAUAGAAACAUUGAUUUUGAAACAUCAGUUACUGACACAGAUCUGAUUCUUGCAAGAGUUAAGUGUCCAAUAAGCAGAUUUCCAUCAAAACUCUCUGAAAAGGGCAGUUUUAAUUGGGACGAUUUCUACCCACUGCACAUGGUUUAUUCCUUUAUGGACAACUUAGAAGCACAUUUCCCAUCAAUAUGCACAGUCAGUUCAAUCGGUCGCUCGGUCGAAGGAAGAGACAUAAAAAUGUUGAAAAUAUCCAACAGUGACGCCAGUAACACAGGAGUAUGGAUAGACGCGACGAUACACGCGCGAGAGUGGGUCGGCACUUGCGUAAUAACGUUCGUCGCUGAUUAUAUUGCACGAAACUUUAUCAAACUAUCGAAAAGCUUCACUAAUAAGGACUGGUACCUUGUACCUGUUGUUAACCCCGAUGGAUAUCACCAUACACAUACGAAAGAUCGGAUGUGGCGAAAGAACAGGGCACGAGUAUCUAACACAAUUGUUGGAGUAGAUCUCAAUAGGAAUUUUGCCAGGCAUUGCUGGGGACGCUUUAAUGUUGAUGGAUCAUCAAUAGAUCCGAAUCAUCAGAACUUCCGGGGCAUCGAGCCGUUUUCAGAGCCGGAAGCAGCUGCCAUAAAGGAUUUGAUAUUGUACUCUGGCAUACCGUUCAAGAUAUUCAUAACGUUACAUGCAUACAGUGAAGUGAUAGCAUUUCCCUGGUGCUACACGUCGGACCCUUGUGCAGACUAUGUCACUUUAUUGGAAGGAGCAACUGCUAUGGCAAAGGCUAUAUAUGAGACUACUGGCCGAAUGUAUAAGGUCGGCAAUUUCAAGGACCUUAUGUACAUGGCAGCUGGGACGAGUAUCGAUUGGAGCUAUGGAACGGCACAUAUUCCCUAUUCGUAUCUACUAGAGUUGAGAAGCAAGAACCACAAGUUCUUACUACCAAAGUCAGAGAUCAAAGAAUGCUGUCAAGAGGUUCUCAGCGCCGUGAAAGCUUUGGCGCAAUAUGUGGACGAUAAGAAGUGUGCAAACUGUGUGAUAUAUCCGAACAGACGAUGAUUUGUAAUGGCGUAUUUUAAAAAUAUUGAAGUAAACUUAUUGUUUUGAGUUGUUUCUAUUAAAAUAUUAAAUUGUGCAGUUUUA